AUAGAAAUUUGUUUUUUUUCAAUUUGGUACACUUAUUUAGUAAAGUUAUAUAUUUUGGUUCUAAAAAGUAGCAAUGUAAAUUUUUAGUGUUUAAUUCUGGUUUUAAGGUUAAUUCAAUGAAAGUUAAUUAUUGGUAUUACUAGUGUUGAAUUUUCAUGAUUUUGUUAAUAAAAUAUAUUUAAUUUUAAUUGUGACUUUGUUUGAUUUUGUGUUUAAUUUGUUAAAUAAGUAUGAUGCUUGUGUUAUUUUGGGUUAUAGAGUUGAAUUGAUGAAAGCUAAUUAUUGAUAUUAUUAGUUAAGGGUAAAUAUAAUUUUUGGUAGUUGAAUUUGGAUUCAAUGUCCUAAUUGAUUAUUAUGUUUAUUUUUGCUCAUAUUUGUACCCAAAUUUGACUUUCGUCACACCUUUUAAUUUGUUUUUGUAACUUCAUUAAAAUUGGAUGAAGUGGACCAAACAUCAAGUUACAUGUAACAGGUACAUCAGCUAAUGAUGUGGCAUGUGUGUCACGUGCCUAAACUUAAUUGGUCCACGUCAUCUAAAUUUGACUGAGUUACAAAAAUAGGUUGUCAAAUGUGUGAUGAAAGCCUCUAAUUCAUAUGCCCUUCGCCUUUACCAAAACCAACAGCCUACACUUGUUCUUCACCAUGGAACCAAUGAUCUUCGCCUUUAUCAAAAUAGUGUAGUUUAUAAGUUUAAAUCGGUAUAAAUAAAUAUAAUUUUCCUUUUAGCUCGUUUAUCUUUUACUUUUUUUUCUUUAAUAAAUUAGUAAAUACUUCAAGAAAGCAGCAACGACGUUUUUGCUGAAAUAUAAACAAGCCUCUAUUCUCCAAUGCGAGUUCGAACAAUUAAUUUUCAGUAUGGUGAUCUUGGCUUUGCUUAAAUAUCUUAUAACCAUGCAAGAUUUGUCUAUACAAUACUGUCAAAGUUUAAUAUAAGCAAGUUAGAGAGGAAUCAAGAAAGGGAGCACUUCAUCUAGGAUACAAACAAGCUUUGGCUUUUUGUAAGUCUCUGUCCCCUGUAUAUGGUUGCUGCUUUCUUGAAGUAUUUACUAAUUUAAAAGAAUCAGGAAAGCCAUUUUCUGGAAGUUGUUUAUAUUUCAUGUGAAUUUGGGCAAUAUACUUAUGGUUUACUUGUAAUUUAGGAUUAAUUAUACUUUAUAUGAGGAGCUUGAUGCUGGGGAUAUGGAGCGGACAAGAGAUGUGUACAGGUAAGGUUCAUGGAUCUUUAGCUCGUGCCGGUAAGGUGAGAGGCCAAACAACUAUUUAUCUAUGUUUUUAUAUGGGAUGAUAAAUAUAUCACAUGCUUCAGAAAAGGAUAAACGUGGUGAAAAAUAUCGAUUCACUAUAAAAUUGAUUUGAGAACUGGCAUUUUCUUCACUUUCUGGACUAAUCUGUUUGUCUUCUGCAAAACCCAGAGCUUUUUUUUUCAUUUGUUUUCUGAAAUUGUCCACCAUGGCUGGUGGAGGGUUUGGUAAUGAAGGAGGGAAUUUGAAGAGAGCUCAUCUCUAUGAAUACAAUAUUACCAAUUACUUUAUAUUUGCUUGCUGCUACAGGGGGAUCUCUUUUUGGAUAUGAUCUUGGUGUUUCUGGUGGAGUGACUUCCAUGGAUGAUUUCUUGAAGGAAUUCCUCCCAAAGAUAUAUAGAAGGAAACAAGCAAAUCUUCAUGAAACUGACUACUGCAAAUAUGACAACCAGCUCCUCACACUUUUUACGUCUUCGCUCUUCGCAGGCCUUGUUUCUACAUUUGGUGCCUCCUAUGUUACUAGAAACAAAGGGCGUCGAGCCAGCAUCCUUGUUGGUGCAGUCAGCUUCUUCCUAGGAGGAGCUAUCAAUGCAGGUGCGGUGAAUAUCACAAUGUUGAUCGUAGGACGCAUUCUUCUUGGUGCUGGCAUCUAAAUGUGUUUGGUAUUUUAGGUAUCCAACAUUUAUUGAUGCACUGAGAGAUUUGGAUGAUCCUCUUACAAUGGUGCACCUGUUUGCAAUGUUAAUUUUGAAUUUUUGAAUCUUUGGAUUUAGGAUUUGUUUGAAUCAUCCUUCUAAUUAGUUACUUUUCUCAUUUCCUACUGGAUAGAAAUGUGUUUGACUUUGGAUAUUUUCAUCAUUUCAGGCAAGAAUGAUUGAUUUUUAUUACAGUUUGAUUAUGGUUUUA